AUGAGCCCUCUCCGUUUGCGUUCUGGAUUACCCGCUGCUCCGAGCUUGACGCGCAACCUCUGUUCGACCACUCGGAUCUCGUCCCUUCCUCCCACGCAUAUUCCGCCGGUGAUCUCGGCAGACAACUCCACUGCCCUCGAUAGCUUCCCGCUCCUGUUCGAGGACCAAUGUCUGCAGCUCACAUCUGCACUCUCACUCGGGACAAACAUCUACGGCCUGGGUGAGGUCUUUGCGAGCAGCGGGUUCCGCGGAGACGUCAGCACCGACGGUUGCGUGGCAACGAUCCAGACGAUGUGGGCGAGACAUUUUUCCGAUCACGUUGACCAGAACAGCUAUGACUCACAUCUCAUCUACCUCGAGCACCGCUACAACGCCACGACCAAGUGUUCGCAGACGCACGGUGUCUUUCUCUUCUCGCACGCCGUCCCCCUCUCCUACACCGCCGGAUCCGACAUUAUUCUCCUGACUCCGCCGCCGUCCAACGUUUCACUCGUCGAGUACCGGCUAAUCGGCGGCACGCUCGACCUGUACUUUUUCUCCAGGCCGAGCCCACAGAAGGUCAUCGAGUACUUGAACGAGACGCGCGAGCAGGUGCAGCGCAUGCGCGAUGCAGACAUCCCACUCGAAGGUGCGUUACGCUUUUCUCUCUCGCUCAUUGUGGCGUACGAAGGCUUACGAGAUGGCCAAGUAAUAUGGAAUAACAUCAAUCUGUACCACGCGAUGAGGGACUUUAUGGUGGACCCGGUGUCAUUCUCGCCCGAAGGCUUGACGCAGCAUGCGGACCAUCGACCACACGUCGAAAGGAAGGAGCAGGAGCCGACGUUAUCCCAACUGUGCGACCCACUGAACGUGAGAGUGAAGAGGACGACGCUGUACACCCCGUUUGCGAAUGCAUUGAAGCUUGGGUCGUCCUCCGUCCUUGCCUUCUGUUACGAGUUCCCGGACGAGCACGAGCUGUUUGCGGUCGACAGGCAGUUCCUGGUCGGCCGCGAUAUCUUGGUUGCACCGGUGCUGACACCGAAUGUCUCCACUGUUGAAGGUGUCUUUCCUGGCCAGGGUCUCGUGACGUGGCGCGACUGA